AUGACAAGCCUCUUUGCCAGCUGGAUCGGCCCCAGCAAGCUCAGCGGAGAUGCAGAACAAGGGCCCACCGAUCCUGGCCGACCACGAGUAACCAGCUCCGGCAAUGGCCCCAUGUCGCCGAUCGAUCGUGCCACUUCCAUGACGCCCAAGGCGCACUUUCAGUACGGCUCGGAAGCAGAUUGGUCGUCACGCGACCACCACCGCGAAGCCUCCGAGGCAACACUCAACGGACGCUCCAUCGCAAGCAGCGAAGCAGACCAUCUCUCGAUGCGGUCGCAUCCCUACGACGGCUCCGUCGUGAAACCGAGCGCCAGCAGACCAACAUCCAUGAGCGGCCCUCCCAACGAGCUCAGCCACGAACGACUCUCGGCUUUGGGCUCGACUCUUGGCGGCGUCAACAGCGAAGCAGCCUGGAGCGCCGCAGCCCCUUCCGAAGCUGCACGCAGCUCCAUGGCCCGUCGUCGCAAGAAGAUCGCACCACCUGAGCUGCUUGUGAUCGUCAAGCCUCCUCCCAGCAAACAGAGCAACCCUCUCAACCUGCAGAUCCAGCUGGUCAUGCCGCAACAGCUCCAGAACCGUCGCGAAAGCUCUCAACGAAGGGCUUCUAUGGAAUCAUCAGCCGCGGGCAGCGAGCUCCCCACUACGCCGUCGACCGAGCUGCGCAGGAGGGAUUCGAUCGGGUCGACUCGUUCCGCAGGAUCGGAAAUUUCGACCUCGGGCUCGGUCGCAUCCGCAAGCUCAGGCCGCCGUGUCACACCGCUCUACAACCUCAACUUCCACCAUAUCCUGUCCACCACAGUCAGCGAUGCGGGCACAGAUCAGAAGGUAGCAAAGUACGUCAAGAAGGGCAUUGACCUCGAUGGCUUUGGCAUCCUCGAACCCGCCGAGCUCAUCCAUGGCGUAAACGAUCUAGCGACAUUACAAAAGAAGGCAGCGACCGGAAGGGAAUCGUUGACGGUGCAAGCCGGGAACGCCACCAACAUCUCACCGAGGAGCGAGACGGACUCGUCCGGUGGUGCCGUCGACAAUGGUUCUGCAUUUUCAGCUCCUGCGCGCGAGGUGGCCGGUUCAGCGGCGGCAGCCUCCUCGAACGCUGAACCGCCGACUUCGUUCGAGGCCAUGACGCCGGAGGCUCGCGGUGUGGAGGGCAAUCUGGGUGGCAAGCUGCUCGGCAAGUUCAAACGCUUUUCGCUCGGUGUCCGUCCUAAUAGCGCUGCAGGUGGUGCAGGCGGAAGCGUCUUUGGUCGCGACAGCAAUGUUCCAGAUCGCACCGCCACCGGUGGAUCGGCACCAGCACCAAGCCUGUUCGGCAAGCUGUCGCAGCACGAUGCCGUCAAAGGCCACAACACCGGCGACAUCCCACAGAUGCACCCUGGCGCAGGAGUUCACGAUGGCAAACGCACGGAGGGGUACUUUUGGACGGUGCGCAAGUGGAAUCGGCGUCCGCACGAAACUCAUGCUCUUGGCAGGCAGCCAACCUCAGUGCCCGCCAAGCUGGAUCUGGAAGGCUCCAACCCGGUGCUGACGAGCGUAUGGAAGCGCUUCAACAUGGUCAAUCGCAUGGGCGGGAACGAGAUCCACCCACCACCCUCUUCGAUUCCUGUGCGGUUCGAAUGGUCGCGCAACUCUCGCAAGUCCUCGACUCGACGCCAGACCGCCGAAGCACAAGCACGGCUCCGCUCCAGCCUAUCCCUCAACGCAUCCGUGACGAGUGUCGACCGGCACACGGGCGAAGCGAGUCGGAGCAACGUCUCGCUCCCGCGUCAACCGAAUCUGGCGACGACACAAUCUCUCGGCGUUGACCAGACCAGUUCUCCGCGUCUGAGCACGGGCGAUGCAGCUCGCACCUCGCGUCCCGCCUCGCUUGUCUCUGGCACAGGCCACCGUUCGCCGCGUCGCUCGCUCGAGUCGACCACCGCCGGCUCGACCAUCCACCACGGCGACGAGGAUUCCGGCGACGAGUCUGAUCCAGAAGACAGCGAGACGCCGUGGAACUGCCACCUCGUGCUGGGACCUACUACGCGGAUUCCGUUGGGAACGCUGUCUCCCGCACCGCACCAUCCGAAGCUCGUCGGUCAGCUGGCGGUGCCUUUCCCGCUACCAGAUCUCAGCGGCACCGGGUUGGGCCCCGACGGAGCGGGGUUGACGAGGGAGGAGCUGAAGGAUGUCAUCAUUGUGACGUGUCUGCAUCUGAUUGUGCGCGAGAGCUUCGGCGGACUGGCCAGGAGGAAGAGCGCAGCGAGCGCUGAGAUCGGCACAAGCGGGACCGCGGCCAGUAUGGCGAAUGUCAAUGGGUGGAGGCUGGCGAGUAUCCCCAAGAAGGGGUAG